AUGUCCCGACCGCAGCUCUUCGUUCCCCAGCCGGGGCAAUCAGGGUCGUCCAAUUCGCUACCUUCGGGAUGGCAGUCCGUUCCGCAAGGCCCUCCUGGACCGUUUGAUCAAUUCAGUGGACCGCCAGGAUACCGUCCACCGGCUGGCGGAGCAGGGAUGCAGCAGCAGCAGCAGCAGCAGCAGCCGGGAUUUGGCUUCGGUCCGCCGCAGGGGCCUCCCGGCGGAAUCGGCGGAGGUGGCGGAUUUGGAUUCGGGGGUCCUGCACCCGGCGGAGGACCCAUGGGUCCGCCGGGAAUGAUGGGAGGACCGGGGGCAGGAGGAGCGGAUGGGGGUCAUAACCCGCUAAACGACAUGCUCGCGGGGGCUGGGUCGGGGUUCAUUCGGUCGGGCCUGGGUGCUUAUGGCGAGCGGCUACUAGGGAGCAGUCGUGCCUACGUUCAAAACAACGUGGGCAAGUAUUUCGCGUCCACGGACUUCCAUUACUAUUUCCAUGUCAACGACGCCUACGUGCGCAACAAGCUCAAGAUUAUCGUCUUCCCAUUCCUACACAAGGGCCACUGGACGAGAGUGGCGGAGCAGGUGGCUGGGGGUUUGACGUACAAGCCGCCAUGCAAUGACAUCAACGCUCCGGACCUCUACAUCCCUGCCAUGGCCUUUGCCACCUAUGUGGUGCUCGCUGGACUCUCCGCUGGCCUGCUGGGCAGGUUUGCUCCUGCAUUUGUGAAUGCACGUGUUGGCAAAGGAUUAAUCGGGUGGUUUCUGGAGGUGCUGCUGCUUCGGACGAUACUCUACUCGUUGGCAUCAGGCGAUGCUCCGUUGCUCGAUCUCGUGGCAUACGCUGGCUACAUGUUUGUUGGAAUCUCCCUGACAAGCCUUUCUUGGGUCGUCUGGCGGAUGGCCUACUUUCCGGUUCUGAUUUGGACAAGCUUGUGCAUGGCAAUGUUUCUGGUGAAGACAAUGAAGCGGGUGAUGUUCGCUGAGACCCGGCACUACGACCUUCACGGAUCGGCUUGUUCUCGAUCAUUUCCAAGGCUGGCAAACAUGGCUGACGACGAGGACGAGCAGCUGCAACGGGCCUUUCGCAUGAGCUUAACGAGUCCUCCCCCAGCAAACGCAUCUCCGCGAAACCCUCAGACCAGCAGCAGCGGUAUCAAUUCCGAGUCCACCGGCGGAUUGAAUGCCAGCCCUGAUCCUUGUCCCCCAUCCGCCAAGCGGAGCAAAUCCGAGGAUGAAGGCUCCGAUCCCGGACAAGCAGGAGGAGGUGGAGGUGGCUAUAGCGGGGGUUCUUAUAGCGGUCACGUAGCAGCGAGACCCGAGACGGCGGAGGAGCGGGAGAGGCGGAUACAGCGAGAGAUUCGAGCAGCAGCCGCGGAACGAAGAAUGGCUUUUUUAGGAAAGCCCAGUGCAGAAUCGGCUAAGAUUGGAUCAGCCAAUACCGGAUCAGCCGUCGCGUCCUCCGGAGCUCCAGCUCUUACCGCGUCGAGCCGUCCUCAGAGUACUCCUGUCAGACCCGAUCCACGUGUAGAUAAGGCUUUCACAAGCGUUUCUGCUCCUGUCAAUCCCAUUCCGCCACGUGUCCAUGACGUUGACAUGGCGGAGCAGGCAUGUGAUCCGCUGGCAGAGCAGACUGGCGGAAAAUCGUCAGUAGAAGGCAAGGCAGGAGACGUGAGGGUUCCGGGAACCGGAGGCGCGAGUAUAGGAGGGAAAGUUACAGAGGGGAGCGCAACUGAAGCUGGGGAAUCGCAAUCGAACUUGGCUGUACCUGAGGGGUCUGGCAUUGGGGGGUCGGGGAGUGCUCGUACGGCAGGCGGUGGGGAGGUUGUAGUGGGUGGAGAGGGGUGGAAGGAGGCGGAGAGGCGUUGGGAGGCCGAGCAGGGCUUGGCGGAGUUGCCAUUGGACGAGGCGUUUCGGCUGUUCGACAUGGUGUUCGGGCGGAACCCGCCUGCUGCUACCCUCUCCCAGUGGUCGCGACAGGGAUUCAGGUUCAGCGACGACCCGGCGACUUCGCUAGGGCUGGUGCAGAGGGAGGGAGGGCCGUGCGGGGUGCUGGCGCCAGUGCAGGCGCUGCUGCUCAAAUACCUCCUCUUCCCCCCCAUGCCCGCGCUCCCCGCGGAUGCCUCCCCGCCUUCCGCACCUGCCGCACUUGCCGCUACUGCUGGUGCUGGGGAGAAGAGCGCUGAGCAGCAGGGGGGGCAGAUGGGGGAGGGGAGGACGGUGGAAGAGGGAGGAUGGGAAGGGGAUGAUAUGAGGUUUUAUGACUCGCUGCCAGGCCUGGAUGUGCAAGGUAGAGUGCACCCUAGAGUUUCUGCUUCUGCUGCUGGUGCUGCUGGUGCUAGAGGUGGUGCUGCUGGUGCUGCUGGUGCUAGUGGUGGUGCUGGUGGUGGUCUGACAGGCGCUAUCACUGGCGCUGCCUCUGGUGUGGCAGCUGUAGCAGGAGAGGGGGAGGGAUCAGGCGACUCUGCUGCGCUGCCAGCCUUGGAAGCCGUACGGGAUGGAGAUGGGGAGGGGGGGGAAAGCGAGGGAGGGGAGGCCCCUCUGAUCUUCUCGCAGGUUGAGAGACGAAGGGCACUGGUGUUGGCAAUGGCAGAGUCUUUAUGGGUGCCAAGCAGGGGGCAGAGAGUCGUCAUUGCUGCCGUAUCACCACACAGGCUGGCUGCGUUGGCUGCUUCAGCCUCUCAACAACCGCUGACCAGCCCAAUCAGCGACGCGAAAGCGCUUCAAGGAGCAGUCAGAGUGCGACACCUGGCGGGGGCAUCGCACGCUGACGUGGCGAAGGCGCUUCACCGGCUGUUUCCUGUGUUUGAGAGUGAUUUUGGCGCGCUGCUGCUGCUCUUCUCAGUGCUGCUCUCCAGGGGCCUCGAGCGGGUUCAAGAGGACAGGGAUGACCCAGAGCCACCGCUUGUAACACCCCCAUUCGGCCACGCCUCACAGGAGAUUGUGAACCUGCUGCUAUGUGGUGAGGCAGUGGCGAAUGUAUUCGACGGCACCAUGGACCUGGGAGGAGGCAUGGCGCUCAAAGGCAUUCCCUCAGAGGCCCAGGUGGGAUUCCUCACACUCCUCGAGUCCCUCAACCUCUGCAAGGUCGGGCAGCGACUGAAACAUCCCAAGCUGCCCAUCUGGGUGGUGGGCAGCGAGUCGCACUACACCGUGCUCUUUGCGCUCUCGACUGAAGUACAGGAGGAGAAUGAUGCGGAAGCAGAGGAAUCGCGGGUCAGAGAGGUGUUUGACCGGUUUGAUACAAGCGGAGGAGGGGGUUUUGUUGCUGUUGAGUCUCUUCUACCUAUGCUGGCUGAGUUAAGGGUAAAUUUCCUUUCGGACACAAUAGAUUCGCUUUCAGCAUUGGGGGUGAUCGUGUGGAACGAGCUGUGGCAGGCUCUGCUGAAGCUGGACCGAUCCCAGGGGGGGUUCAAGAGAGAGGGGUCAAGUGGGGGGCGACCUGCCAGUAGGAAGUUUGACUUGUAUCAUUUCAAUGGGAUUGCGAAGCGUGUGCAGACUGGAAGAAGCAGUGCAACAGCAGCAGCAGCAGCAGCAACUUCUGGAGGAAAUGGAGCAGGGGACAUGUCGUAUGGCGGUUUGGAUGUGCCACAGCGUGUGCUAUCACCGCCGUUGACUGCGAUGGAUCAACGGCCGAGAUUGGUUCGGCUUCAUGUGACCGUGCCGCCGAAAUGGUCGCCAGAAGAUCUGAUGAUGAUACCAAGGCCGGAGGGCAGUGGGGUGGAUGGAAUUCCUCCCGAGGUGGUGGCAGACUCGUUUGACUCGAGUGUGAAUCCGAUGCAGCGCGCUUCGCGUGAAGCUCCCCUUGUGGAUUGUAUUCGCACUCGGUGGCAGCGAGCGUCGUGCACGUGGGUAGGGGAUGCGCCAUCUAUCGUGUAG